CCUGAAAGGCCCUAGAUAAAUAAAACAAAUCAUGCCCUACAUAACUAUAAUUCCUUUAUUUCUGAAAUGCACAAGUAACUGCAAGAUCCUUCAGUGAAACAUGUUAGUGUUUUAAAUUAUCGAAAAAGUGGAAAAUUAUUGAAAAUGAAAAAGUUCUUGUUUUAACAUAACCUCCUAUUCGGAGGAAUUGGAUUAUUCUUCAGCAAUGUCUUGCAAAGUUAAUAUGACCAAUGGUGUGUCGCUCAAUUUCGAAAAUCACAUGUACGCCAAGGCGCCAGCUUUGGAUGCCAGUGUCAAGUUUGCUGGAGAAGAAGCCAAGGAUAGAUUAUACGAGUCCAAGCAUCAAAAAAAGCUGGUACGAGUUUUGACCGUGAUAGCAUACGUUUUUUUUGUAUCACUGGCAGCUAUCAUGUUGUCUCUCUAUUAUAUAUUCAUUUGGAGCGGGGACCAAAAAUCUUCUUCACAACCUUAUGUCAGAGUAUACACAAGAUGUGAUAAUAGCCAAUAUGCAGGUUAUCAGCAGCAGUCUUUCAAUAGCGACUUUUUAGAUUUAAGAGCAUUGAGAACCACCUCCAAAACCACACUCAAAACGUUGGAACAAACUUCGGACUGGCGUCAAAAUGAUUUGAAAGUAGAUCCAGAGAACGAAUUGGAAAAAUCUAGUCCAAUGAUGAAAAAAUUGUUCCGAAGCAAAUAUUCCUAUAAUAAAAAAUAUUAUGAUUAAAUACCAACAAGCAAAAAAACAAGGAGAGUUAUAUAGGUACUUGAAUAUCAUAAAGAAGAACAUUAUGUAGAUUAAAGCCACAGGAUAUGUGAAGACGAUUGUAUUUACUCAAAAUGAAAUGACAUGUUGAAUGAACACGAAAUAAAUGCGAGAUGUUUGUUUAUUCUAAAUAUAAGAAACUCCAGAAUAA